AUGGCUCGAUUACUGGUGAAAGCCACUACUCCCCGGCCAGGCCUCGUGGGACUUCCCCGGGCGAGUCCGACGGUGCUGUAUAAGCUCGACGGGGGGAGACGUUGGCAACACUACCGAGGAGUGGGCUCGACCCUGGAGGUCAGUUCCUCCCACACGAAUACCUCUUCCUCUUCCGUUUCCUCUUCUGCCUCUUCUACCCCUCCGCUGGCCGCCCUCCCCAACAGCGUCCUUCUACGCUCCCUCCUCGUCGCCGCCAUCUCCUCGAAACCCUACCUGCUGGGACCGUCGCUGUGGGCAUUGUCCAUCCUGACGCAGCCCGGACGGGGACUCUUGCUGGACGUGGACCGCAAUCCGCUCCUGCACGGCAUCCUCAAACAGACCUUCUACAAGCAGUUCUGCGCGGGCGAGAAUCCCGCCGAGACGCAGGUGACGCUGCGGCGGUUCAAGGAGCUCGGGUUCCGUGGUACGAUCCUGACCUACGCCAAGGAGACGGUGUUUGAUCAUAAGACCAACACGUCGCACGGGCUGGGGAUUGCCAACGAUCUAUCGCAGGAGAAGGCGCAGCAUUGUCCGACUAUUGAGGCGUGGCGGAAGGGAACGGUGGAGACGAUUGAUUUGCUGGGCGAUGGCGAUUAUUUGGCCGUGAAACUGACCGGAGCCGGACCCUCCGUCACCGAAGCGUUCUCGGCCGGUGAACUCCCUCCCAAACAGAUGCUGGACGCCCUGGAGGAGAUCGGAAGCAAGUGCCAGGCGCGACGGGUGCGUCUCCUGGUGGACGCAGAGUCGCAGCACUUCCAAGCGGGAAUUCUACGGGUGACGCUGGACCUGAUGCGGCGGUACAACCGGGAGGGAUUCGCCCUGGUUUACAACACCUACCAGGCAUAUCUCAAGUCCACCCCAGACACAUUGGCGAAGCACCUAGAGACAGCGCAGCGCGAAGGGUUCACACUGGGCCUGAAGCUAGUGCGUGGGGCAUACAUCGCAUCGGACAAGCGGUCGCUGAUCCACGACACCAAGGCAGACACGGACCAUGCCUACGACACGAUCGCGCGGGGGGCGCUGAGACAGGAGAUCGGCGAGUUCGGGACGCGGAAGGCGUUCCCGUCGGUGAAUCUCUUCCUGGCCAGCCACAACCAAGCCAGCGUGGUGGGCGCGCAUCAGCUGCAUCGCCAGCGCCUGCAGGACGGGUUGCCCACGGUGCCGGUGGGAUUUGCGCAGCUGCACGGCAUGUCGGACGCGGUUAGCUUCGGACUGCUGAAGAUGAAGGGCUCGGACGGCACGCCGGAGGUGUUCAAGUGCUCGACGUGGGGGAAGAUGGGCGAGUGUCUGGCGUAUCUGCUGCGACGGGCCAUUGAGAACCGAGACGCGGUGGGGCGAACGGGGGAGGAAUAUCUGGCGUUGAAGAAGGAGUUGUGGCGGAGAUUGGGAUGGAGGACUGAGUACUAG